UGGUUCUUGAUCGUUCAUCUCAGUUUCCAUUCUCAGUGUUAUAAUGUUGAGCAGUUAAGCAGUUGAAUUUAAAUAGUUGGUUGAGUUGUUCUUACUGGCCGUUGUACUGGCAUCACCAGGCAUUGCUGUACAUAUUAUACUGCUAGCUGUAUAUACUGUUUGGAGAAACUGAUUGGCCCGCUUGUCUUUGGUUCCUCUGGUUCCUCUGGUUCUUUGCCUCUUUUACUCUCGUACCCUCUUACUACCAAACCAACUAAUAACUACUAACGUUCAGCAUUUAUUCAUUUUUUAGUUUUACAUAAACUUUCUUUUUCUUUUUUUCAACCAAAUUAAUAUUAAAAAGUCUAUGUCACAGUUAGAUCUAUGUGUAUUCAUUUUUUCGACAAUUUUAUAUUUUUUGUGAUUAUUUGCGAGUGUUGUUUAAGUUGUUAAAUACUAUUAAUUAAAAUAGUCAACAACUUAUUGAACUGACAAAAGUAAAAUAAAAAAAGAAACAAAAACAUUUCGUACUUUUGGAUAAUUUUCAAAAUCUGAGGAAAGGGCACAGUAUGAGCCCGGCGCUAGUGAAUGCGCCGUACCAGGACUCCAAUCAACUCAGAAUAGACAACAACAACUGUUGGAAGAGUAUCCGCCAAGACGGAUUGACAAAUACCGAGGCGGUCCAAAUAUACAAAGAAGAAUGACUCAGAGAGAGGAUGUGCUCAAGUUUGAGCAGGGAAGGAUAAAAGCCCUGCAAGAAGAACGUUUACAUAUACAAAAAAAAACAUUUACAAAAUGGAUCAACUCAUUUUUAUUGAAGGCGAGAAUGGAAGUAGAGGAUUUGUUUACCGAUCUUGCGGAUGGAAAAAAAUUGUUAAAACUUUUGGAAAUAAUAUCCGGAGAAAGGUUGGCUAAACCAAACAAUGGACGUAUGCGAGUUCACAAAAUCGAAAACGUCAACAAAUCACUGGCAUUUCUUCACACUAAGGUACGAUUGGAAAGUAUUGGAGCAGAAGAUAUUGUUGAUGGAAAUCCAAGAUUAAUAUUAGGUUUGAUAUGGACAAUUAUUCUAAGGUUCCAAAUUCAAGAAAUAGAAAUAGAUGUUGAUGAAGAAAAUGAAAGCAGUGAAAAAAAAUCAGCCAAAGAUGCUCUGUUACUUUGGUGUCAAAGAAAAACAAAUGGUUAUCCACAUGUCAAUAUCCAAGAUUUUACAGGUUCUUGGAGAAGUGGUCUUGGUUUUAAUGCCCUUAUCCACGCUCACAGGCCAGAUUUGGUCAAUUGGUCAGAAUUACAGCAAACACGACACAUUGAUAAUCUUAAUUAUGCAUUUGAUGUGGCAAAUACAGAACUUGGUAUUCCACGACUUCUUGAUGCUGAGGAUGUAGAUACUGCUAGACCAGAUGAAAAAUCAAUAAUGACAUAUGUUGCCUCGUAUUAUCAUACAUUUGCACGAAUGAAAAAUGAAAUAAAAAGUGGUAAAAGAAUAGCUAAUAUUGUUGGACAAAUGAUGGAUGCUGAUAAAAUGAAAAUUCAUUAUGAAAAAUUAACAGCUAAUUUAUUAGAAUGGAUAAAACUUAAAAUAACAGUACUUGAAAAUAGAAAUUUUCCAAAUUCAUUGGAGGGUAUCCAACGUCAAUUAUUAGGAUUUAAACAGUAUAGAACUGUUGAAAAGCCACCAAAAUAUAAAGAACGUUCUGAAAUAGAAGCACUAUAUUUUCAUAUAAAUACACAAUUAAAAUCAUUAAAUCAACCGGCAUUUAUACCACAAGAGGGACAAUUAAUUCAAGAUAUUGAAAGAAAUUGGGUUGAAUUAGAGCGUGCUGAGCAUAGACGUGAAGUAGCAUUACGUACUGAAUUAUUACGACAAGAAAGAUUAGAACAGCUUAAUUAUAAAUUUGAAAAAAAAAGUGUAUUAAGAGAGGGUUAUCUUAAAGAGAUGAUACAAGUAUUAUCAGAUCCACGUUACGGUAGUAAUAUUUCUCAAGUAGAUGCUACUGUUAAAAAACAUGAAGCUAUAAGUGCUGAUAUAUUAGCACGUGAAGAACGUUUUCAUGAUUUAACAAAUAUGUCUGAAGAACUUGUUAGAGAAAAUUAUCAUGGAUUAGAUAGAGUUAAAAUACGUGAACAGGAGGUACUUGAAAGAUGGAAACAAUUAUUAUCACUUUUAGAUAAUCAUAAAUUAAAUUUAACAGCAUUAUCAUCAUUAAUGAGUUUAAUGAGAGAAAUAGAUACAACAUUGGCAAGUAUACAAGAAUUACAAAUAAAUUUUCAAAGUACAGAUGUUGGUCCUCAUUUAUUAGGUGUUGAAGAUUUAUUACAAAAGCAUAGUUUACAAGAGCUUCAAGUAACAGCACUUGGUGAAACACAACGACGUCUUGGUAGACAAGCUGGACAACAUUUAACAUCUCAAAAAAAUUUAACUAAAGAAUUACCUUUAUUAGAAAAAAAAUUAUUAACAUUAAAUACUGAAUAUAAUUAUUUAAUUGAAAAUAGUAAAGAACGUAAAGCUAGAUUGGAGGAUGCAAGAAAUUUUUUUCAUUUUCUACAAGAUCAUGAGGAUGAAGAAUCAUGGCUUAUUGAAAAACAACGUAUAUGUAAAGCCGGUAUAUCUGCUAAAGAUUUACGUGCUGUUAUAUCAUUACAACAAAAACAUAAAGCAUUACAAGAUGAAAUGAAAGUUAGACGUCCUAAAUCAGAGCAACUUUGUAGUGCUGGUAUUAAAUUAAUUGAUGAUAAUCAUCCAUCGGCUAUUGAAAUAAAAAAUCGUAUUGAAUCACUUCAAGAACAUUGGAAAGUACUUGAAGAAUUAGCUGGAUUAAGAAAAAAACAAUUAGAUGAUGCUGCUGAAGCAUUUCAAUAUUAUACAGAUGCUAAUGAAGCUGAUUCAUGGAUUAAUGAAAAAAUGGCCCUAGUUACAUCACAAGAUUAUGGUGUUGAUGAACCAAGUGCACAAGCAUUAUUACAAAGGCAUAAAGAUUUACAGGGUGAACUUAAUGCUUAUAAAGGUGAUGUACAAUCAUUAAAUAUACAAGCUGAUAAAUUAAUAAAAGCUGGUAUAUCAACAUUAGAAUUAUCAACUGAUCCAGAGCCAGUAGCUGAACUUGAACAAAAUGAAUGGAGACAAGAAACACGAUUAAUACCACAAGAUGAAUGGGUUGAUGAAAUUCAUGAACGUGUUGAAACACGUACUGUACUUGAAGAUAGACUUGUACCACAAGUUAAAAGUUUAUAUCCAUUUAAUGGUCAAGGUAUGACUAUGGCUAAAAAUGAAAUAAUGUUUUUAUUAAAUAAAACAAAUCUUGAUUGGUGGAAUAUUAGAAAAUCAGAUGGUACUGAUGGUUUUGUUCCAGCUAAUUAUGUACGUGAAAUAGAACCUAAAAUAAUUCAAGUACAAGUAAGAAGACCUGAAAAGGUACGUGUUGUACAGCGUGUUAAAAAAACUAAAAUGGUUAAUCAAAUAGUACCUGUUAGACGUGUUAAAUCUAUUAAAUCAGCAGUUAAACCAAUAAAACGUAAAGUAAUAACUAAUGAUAGUGAUAAUGUUGAAAAAAGGCAAAAAAAAAUAAAUGAUACUUAUGAUGAAUUAAAUAAAUUAGCUAUUAAACGUCAUGCAUUAUUGGAAGACGCUAUUAGACUUUAUGGUUUUUAUCGUGAAUGUGAUGAUUUUGAAAAAUGGAUUAAAGAUAAAGAAAAAAUGUUGAGAGCUGAUGAUUCACGUGAUAAUGUUGAAACUGCUAAAAGAAAAUAUGAAAAAUUUUUAACCGAUUUAUCGGCAUCUGGUAAACGCGUUGAAGCUAUUGAUGCAUCAGUUGAUGAAUUUGUUAGACAGGGUCACAGUAAAUUAGAUAAAGUUAAAUCACGUCAAAAGCAUAUUCAUCAACUUUGGGAUCAUUUAAAUUGGUUAAAAGCUCAAAAAGAAAAAAGUUUAGAGGGUGCUUCUAGUGUUGAACUUUUUAAUCGUACUUGUGAUGAAGCACACGAUUGGAUGCAUGAAAAAAUAACUCAAUUAGAUACUGCUGAAUUAGGUCCUGAUUUAAAAACAGUUCAAGCAUUACAACGUCGUCAUCAACAUUUAGAACGUGAAUUAGCUCCUGUUGAAGAAAAAGUACGUAAAGUUAAUUUAUUAGCUAAUAGUGUUAAAAGUUCAUAUCCAAAUGAACAUAAAAAUGUUGAUGAUAGACAAAAUCAAAUAAAACAAUUAUGGAAUAAAGUACAAUCAAAAGCUAAAGAACGUCGUUCACGUUUAGAAGAUGCUGUUGGUCAACAAAUAUUUAUUAAUAGCUCAAAAAGUUUAAUUAAUUGGGCAUUAGAUGUUAAACAAGCUAUUAAAGCUGAUGAAUCAGUAAGAGAUGUUGAAACUGCUGAAAAAUUAAAAAAACAACACACUGAUCUUGGUGAAGAAAUAAAAACACGUAAAGAUGAAUUUAGUGAAGUUGAACAACUUGGUGCACAAUUAUUACAACGUAAUUCUGGUUUAACAGAUAUUAAAGAACGUUUAGAUAAACUUGAUGGUUUAUAUAAAAAUUUAAUAUCUAAUUGGAAUACCAAAGAUUAUUGGCUUAAUCAGUGUCUUGAUUUACAAUUAUUUAAUCGUGAAGCUGAUCAAAUAGAAGCAACAACAAGCUCUCAUGAAGCAUUCCUUGAAUUUAUUGAUCUUGGUGAAUCACUUGAUGACGUUGAAGCGUUAUUAAAACAACAUAUUAAAUUUGAAAAUACAUUAAAUGCUCAAGAUGAACGUCUUAAAGCAUUUAGUGAUACUGCUGAUCGUUUAAUUCAACAAAAUCAUUAUGAUAAAGAUUAUAUUAAUGAUAAACGUAAUCAAGUAUUAAUACGACGUGCUGCUGUUAAAGAUGCUGCACAAAUAAGACAAGCUAAAUUAAAAGCUUCUGAAUAUUAUCAACAAUUUUCAGCUGAAGUUGAUGAUUUACGUGAUUGGCUUAGUGAUAAAAUGAAAGUUGCUGCUGAUGAAAGUUAUCGUGAUUUAAAUAAUUUAGAACGUAAACUUCAAAAGCAUGAAGCAUUUGAACGUGAAUUACGGGCUAAUGAAGGACAAUUACGUGCUGUUAAUAAAGCUGGUAAAGUUUUAAUAUCUGAACAAAAUUAUCGUUCCAAUGAUGUUAAUCAAACAUUAAAAGAUCUUAAUAAUCAGUGGAAUCGUUUAGUUGAAUUAUCAUUGGAAAAAGGCCGUAGACUUCGUCAAGCAGCAUCACAACAUGGUUAUAAUAAAACAAUGGAAGAUGCUAAAUUAAAACUUGAAGAAAUUGAAACAUCACUACAAAGUAAACAAGUUGGUGUUGAUUUAAGAAGUUGUAAAGAAUUAUUAAAAAAACAUCAAAUUUUGGAAACCGAUAUGUCACAGUGGGAACUUAAAGUUGAUGAUUUAGUAGCAAUGGGUCAAGAAAUGGCUCACGAAGGGCAUUUUGAUGCUAAAAAUAUUUUAAAAAGUAGUCAAGCUACACAAUUAAAGUUUCGUAGUUUAAAAAUACCAGCUAAAAAAAGACGUGAAGCACUAGAAGAAAGUUUACGUUUUCAUAAAUUUAGAUUUGAACUUGACGCUGAAUUACACUGGAUUAAGGAUCAUCAACCACAGGCAUCAUCAACUAUGCUUGGACAAAAUCUUCAUCAAGCUCAAACACUCCAUAAAAAACACAAAAAAUUAGAGGCUGAAAUAAUUGGUCAUCAACCAAUGAUUGAUAAAGCACUUGCAACUGGUCAAGGACUUAUUGAUCAAUCUCAUCCAGAAAGAAAAAAGAUUCAAGAACUGUGUGAAAAAUUGGAUGACGCUUGGAAAGACUUACAAGAUAAAGCUAAUGAACGUAGUCGUGCAUUAGAUUUAUCAUUGAGGGCUCAAGAAUUUUUCUUCGAAGCUGGAGAAGUUGAAAGUUGGUUGUGUGAAAAGAAUGAUGUUUUAAGUUCAACUGAUUAUGGUAGAGAUCGUGAUGCUGCAACAAAACUUCUCACUAAACAUAAAACGGUAGAACUUGAAUUAGAUUCUUACAACGGAAUAGUUACGGAAAUGGGUCACACAGCAGCGGCAAUGGUUAACGCAAAGCAUCCAGACAGUAAAGCUAUUGCUGCGAAACAACAAGCAAUUGCACAGCAAAUGCGUGCACUUCAAAGAUUAGCAAUAACAAGACAACAAAGACUGAUGGAGAGUAUGUAUCGUCAUGAAUAUUUCCUUGAAAGUCGUGAAUUAGAGCAGUGGAUUAAAGAACAAGAACAAGCUGCUGGUUCUGAAGAUUAUGGACAUGAUUAUGAGCAUUUAUUAAUUUUACAAACUAAAUUUAAUGAUUUUAAACAUCGUAUUGAAGCUGGUUCUGAAAGAUUUAAUCAGUGUGAAGAAUUAGCUAAAAAAUUAAUUAGUAAUGAAAGUCCCUAUAUACAAGAUAUAGAAAAACGUCAAGAGCAACUUGGAGGUGAUGAGGAUGAUCCUGUAGCACAAGUACGCAGAAAACAUAAACAUAUGUGGGAAUCAUGGCAACACUUGUUGGGAUUAAUACGUCAUCGUGAACAACGACUUCAAGCUGCUGGUGAAAUUCAUCGUUUUCAUCGAGAUGUUGCUGAAGUUUUAUCACGAAUUCAAGAAAAAGAAGCUGCUCUUCCAGAAGAUUUAGGACGUGAUUUAAAUUCAGUAUUGGCACUUAUUAGGCGUCAUGAAGGAUUUGAAAAUGAUUUAGUAGCAUUGGAAGCACAACUUCAAGUAUUGGUUGAAGAUGCAUCUAGAUUACAAACUUUAUAUCCAGGUAAUAAUGCAUCUCAUAUUGAUCAACAGCAGAAAAUAGUAUUGUCCAAUUGGGAGGAAUUAAAAGAAAAAUCAGCAAAUCGUCGAGAUCAAUUACAAGCUAGUUGUGAUUUACAACGAUUUUUAACUCAAGUACGUGAUUUAAUGAAUUGGGCAGCUGGAUUACGUGCUGCAUUAUCAACAGAAGACAAAGUACGUGAUGCUGCUAGUGCUCAAAUUCUUAAAGCUGAACAUGAAGCAUUAAAAGGUGAAAUAGAAGCUAGAGAGGAUAGUUUUAGUUCUGUUCUUGAUCUUGGUGAAGCAAUGAUAAAAAAUGGUCAUUAUGCUGUUAAUGAAGUUGAAGAAAAAUGUAAUCAAUUAUUAGAAGAACGUGAAAAACUUCAUACUGCUUGGCAGGGUAAAAAAAUUCAUCUUGAUCAGCUUAUUGAUUUACAUUUUUUUUUACGCGACGCUAAACAAUUGGAUAAUUUAUCAGCAACACAAGAGGCUGCAUUGAGUGGUGAUAAUUUUGGUGUUUCUGUUGAAGAAAUAGAUGGACAAGUUAAAAAGCAUAAUGAAUUUGAAAAAUUACUUGUUACACAAGAAGAAAAAUUAUUAUCUCUUAAAGAACAGGGUAAUAAACUUAUACAACAAAAACAUUUUAAUUCACAAACAAUAUCUAAACGUUUACAUGAGGUAUCUGAUAAACGUGGUAAAAUUCAUCAAUUGUGUAAUACACGUCGUAAUAAAUUAGAAGCAAGUCUUCUUCAUGUACAAUUUAUUCGUGAUGUUGGUGAGGCUGAAUCUUGGAUUGGUGAAAAACAAAAAAAAUUAGAAGCUGAAGCAUCUAAAGGUCAAGUAUUGAGUUUAGAGGAUAAAAUAAAAAAAUUACAAAAACAUCAAGCAUUUCAAGCUGAAUUAGCUGCUAAUCAAAGUAGAAUUGAAGAAAUAAAAAAUAAAGGUGAAAUAUUAAUAACACAAAAUCAUCCAUCUAGCAAUGAAAUUCGUAAUCAAUUGGAACAAUUACAAGGUACAUGGCGUAAAUUAUUAAUUGUUUCUGGUAAUCGUGGUAGAGGUUUAGAAGAAGCACAAGAUAUACUUGAAUUUAAUAAUCAAGUUGAAAAAAUAGAAUCAUGGAUUCGUGAUAAAGAAAUGAUGGUACAAGCUGGUGAUACUGGUAAAGAUUAUGAACAUUGUUUAAGUUUACAACGUAAAUUAGAUGAUGUUGAUAGUGAUAUGAGAGUUGAUGAUACUAGAAUAAAAUCAAUAAAUUCAUUAGCUGAUAAACUUAUUAAACAAGGUCAUGAUGAUGAAUCUAAAGUAAUACAACAACGACGUGAUAAUGUUAAUAAAAAAUGGAAAAAUCUUCAGGGUGCAUUAACUAAUUAUAGAUCAAUAUUAGCUGGUGCUUUAGAAAUUCAUUUAUUUAAUCGUGAUAUUGAUGAUACAAGUCAACGUGUUAUUGAAAAAUCACUUGCUAUGAAUACUAAUGAUGUUGGUAAAGAUUUAGCUGCUGUUGAACAUUUACAACGUAAACAAGAAGCUAUGGAACGUGAUAUGACUGCUAUUGAAGGUAAAUUAAAAGAACAUAAAGCCGAGGCUAUUAAAUUAUCAUCUAAAUAUAUAGAUAAUGCACCACAAAUAAAUGCUAUAUUUUAUAAUAUUGAAUCUAAUUGGGAUGAAUUACAACAUUUAACUAAACAUAGACGUGAUGUUUUAAAUCAAGCUUAUACUUUACAUAAAUUUCAAGCUGAUUUACAUGAAGUUGAAAUAUGGAUUAAAGAUACUAUUAAACGUAUGAAUGAAUCUGGUGCUCCAACAACUAUUUCUGAAGCUGAAGCACUAUUAGAACUUCAUCAAGAAAGAAAAGCUGAAAUAGAUGGUCGUAAAGAUAUGAUUAAAGCUCUUGAUGAUCAUGGUCAAAAAUUAAUAAAUAUUGAUCCACAAGUUAAAAAAAGUUUGGAACAUUUAAAAAAUAUUAAUUCAGGAUUAGUUGACGCUUGGAGUGAAAGAAGAGAAAAAUUAAUGCAAGCUUAUCAUUUACAACAAUUUAAAGAACAAGCUGAUCAAGCAGAUAGUUGGUUAGCAACUAAAGAAGCAUUUCUUAAUAAUGAUGAUUUAGGUGAAUCAUUAUCUGGAGUUGAAACUUUAAUACGUAAACACAGUGAAUUUGAAAAAAUGUUAUUAUCACAAUUAGGACGUAUUGAUGAAUUAGAAACAUUUGCUAAUAAAAUAAUUAAUAAAAAUUCAAUUGACGCUGAUAUUAUUAAAACAAGAUUAAUAUCUGUAUGUUUAAGACGUGAUAAAUUAAAAGAUAAUUCAACAAUAAAAAUGAAAAAAUUAAUAGAAAGUCGUCAAUUGCAUAAAUUUUUAAGAAAUAUUUAUGAAGUUGAAGGUUGGUUACAUCAAAAACAACAAGUUGCUGGUGAUGAAAAUUAUCGUGAUUCAACAAAUUUACAAAGUAAAAUUCAAAAACAUUUAGCUUUUGAGAGUGAAUUAAUAGCUAAUCGUGGACGUAUAAGUGGUAUUAUAACUGAAGGUGAAAAUUUAAUUGAAAAUAAUCAUUAUGCUUGUAAAGAAAUUCAAGAUCGUUUAGAGGAUUUAGAAUCUGAAUGGAGAAUUUUACAAGAAACUAGUCAACUUAAAAAAAAUCGUCUAAAUGAUGCUUAUCAAGCAUUAUUAUUUGGUCGUACAUUGGAUGAAUUUGAAACAUGGAUGGAUGAUAUUGAAACACAAUUACAAUCUGAAGAUCACGGUAAAGAUUUAUCAAGUGUUGCUAAUUUAUUAAAAAGACAUACUAAUUUAGAGAAUGAUGUUCUUGGUCAUAAUGAAGCUUGUGAAUCUAUUAAAGAAACUGCUAAUAAUUUUAAAAAAACAAAACACUUUAUGUGUGAUGAAAUAAGUGAAAGAGCACAAUUAUGUGUUAAUAGAUAUCAUGGACUUCAAGAACCUAUUCAAAUAAGACGUGAUAAUUUAGAGGAUGCUAAAUUACUUAAUCAAUUUUUAAGAGACGUUGAGGAUGAACUUCAUUGGUUAUCUGAAAAAGAACCCCUAGCUGCUAGUAAUGAUUUAGGUAAUUCAUUGAUGACUGUAAAAAGAUUACAAAAAAAACAUCAAGCUCUUGAAGCAGAACUUAUUUCACGUGAACCUGUUGUUGCUUCAUUGGCAGCUCGUGCUGCUGGUAUGAUAAGAACUGGUCAUUUUGCAUCUGAUAAAAUAGAUUCAUCAAUACAAGAAUUACAAAAAAAAUUAAUUAAUAUACGAGAUUAUGCGAGUGUUAGAAAAUUACGUCUUCUUGAUGCUGUUGAAUCACAAAUGUUUUAUGCUGAAGCUGGUGAAGCUGAACAAUGGAUUAAAGAAAAAUAUCCUCAAUUAACAUCCAGUGAUUAUGGUAAAGAUGAAGAUUCUGUAGAAUCUUUAUUAAAAAAAUUAGAGGGUCUUGAACGUGAUUUAUCAUCUUUUGAAACAACUAUUGAUAAUUUAAAUAAAUUAUCACAAGGUUUAAUAAAUCGUAAUCAUUUUGAUAGUAAAAAUAUUCAACAAAAACAAAAUGAUAUUAAACAAAAAUUUAUAGAAUUACAAAAAUUACAUGAUUUUAGAUUACAUAGAUUACUUGAAAGUGAAAAAUUAUUUUUAUUUAUACGUCAAGCUGAUGAAGUUAUUGAAUGGAUUGGUGAUCAAACAACAGUUGCUGCAUCCGAAGAUUAUGGACGUGAUGUUGAACACGUUGAAUUAUUAAUUCAAAUAUUUGAUAACUUUUUAGCUGGUUUAACUGCCAGUGAAAGCCGUGUAUUUAUGGUUAUAGAAGCUGGUGAAAAAUUAAUUCAAGAAAAAAAUCCUGAAAAUAUUAAAAUACGUAAUAAAAUUGAUGAAACUAAACAACAGUGGGAUGAUUUAAAAGAAUUAGCUCAUGCUAGACAAGAAGCACUGGCUGGUGCUAAACAAGUUCAUAUGUUUGAUAGAACAGCCGAUGAAACAAUAUCAUGGAUUCAAGAAAAAGAAGCCAGUUUAAGUGCUGAUGGUUAUGGACAUGAUCUUGAAACAAUUCAAGCUCUUGUACGUAAACAUAAAGGAUUUGAAACUGAUUUAGCGGCUGUUAAAGAGCAAGUUGAAUCUGUUAUGGCUGAAGCAUCAAGACUUGCUGAAUUAUUUCCUGAUGCACGUGAACAUAUUGCCGUUAAACAUGAAGAAGUUGAUGAAAGUUGGAAUGAAUUGUUGGAAAAGGCAGCACAAAGACAAAAUAAACUUACACAAGCUGAACAGCUUGAGGCUUAUUUUGAUGAAUACAGAGAUUUAUCAUUUUGGAUUAAUGAAAUGAUUGCUAAAGUAACAGCACCAGAAUUAGCACGUGAUGUUCCUGGUGCUGAAAUAUUAAUAUCUCGACACAAUGAAUAUAAAGUUGAAAUAGAUUCUCGACAGGAUGAAUUUUAUAAAUUUAAUAAAACAGGUAAUGCUUUAAUUCAACAGGGUCACUUUUUAUCUAAAGAAAUAAAAGAUAAAAUUUCUGUUCUUGAAAAUAAAAAACAAACAUUAAUAGAUACAUGGGAUAAACGUAAAUUAAUAUAUGAACAGAAUUUAGAUACACAAAUAUUUAAACGUGAAGCUGAAACACUUGAAAAUUGGAUAAUAAGUCGUGAACCAAUGCUUAAUGAUAGUAAUCUUGGUGAUACAAUACCACAAGUUGAAGAUUUAAUACGAAAGCAUGAAGAUUUUGAAAAAACAAUUGAAGCACAGGAGGAUAAAUUUAAAGCUCUUAAACGUAUAACAUUGUUAGAACGUCAAUUUCAAAAACAACAACAAGCUGAAUUAGUAGCACGUCAAGCUGAAAAAGAACGUAUUGAACGUGUACGUAUUGAAGAACGUAAGAAAAAAGAAGUACAACGUAUUACUGAAGAACGUAAACGAGAAGAAGAAAGACGUAAAUUAGACAAUAACUCUCAUAAUCGUAGUGCUGGUGAUCCUACUAACGAUAUUAUUAAUGGUAAUGCUCAGUCAUCUAAUGAUAAUAACAAUACUCAAAAUAACAAUAAUAACAAUCACAAUGAAUCAUCGGUUAAUCGUUUAUCACCAUUAAAAACAACCCAAGAAUCAUCAACUUCAGGUAUGAAUCCUUCAUCAAAAUUAUACGGUAUUUCUCAUGUAUUUGGUGAUCGUUUAAAACGUACAACACCUGAUAUUAAACGUGCCGAGAGUAUGAAAAUUGAUACUAAAAAACCUAAACGAACACCUAGCUUUACAACCAGACGACGAACUCAGAGUUUUCGUAAACAUCAACGUAUGGAAAAUAUGGAUCCAUUGAGUCCUGUUGAAAUUCAAGGUAUACUUGAACGUAAACAUGAAUUACAAAGUGGUGGUAAAAAAGCAGCUAUAAGAUCAUGGAAACAAUAUUUUACUGUACUUUGUGGACAAUUGUUGUGUUUCUUUAAAGAUUACAGUGAUUUUUCAUUGAGUAAAGCUGCUACUGCUCCAAUAACUAUUUACAAUGCCACGUGUGAAAAAGCUGAUGAUUAUACAAAACGUAAACACGUAUUUCGUCUUAGAUGUACUGAUGGUUCUGAAUUUUUAUUCCUUGCUGCUAAUCAACAAGAAAUGGAAGACUGGGUUAAUAAAAUUUUAUUCCACGCUAGAUUACCACCAAGUAUGCAGCUAUUAAAGUAUGAUGAAUCACAAAAAGAUGAUUUAGAUUUAGAUUUAGAUUUAGAUUUAGAUUUACAUUUAGAUAGAUUAAAAAUUAUAACACCUGAUAAAGUUAUUGGUGAUGAUAAUGCUUCUACUGGAAGUAGUCAUGUAUCAACUCCUGAAUUUGAACGUAAAAAUUCAGUCAUACGUCGAGAUAUACAACCAACUACUCAAGAUUUAUCUACCGUUGCUCCGACUCAUUCUUUGUCAUCCUCCUCAUCAUCCAGCAAUGUUCAAAUCGAAUUUUUACAAAAACACCGUCAAGCUCAACAAAUGCGCGGAACUAGAAAUUAUUCAGAAUUAAUGUCUGGUGAAUCUAUAUCACAACCGCAGACUGAAUUUUUACAAAAACAUAAAAACCAACAGCAACAUCUUUUGGCUCAACAGCAGCAACAGUUGAUUCAUCAUGAACAAUUGGCAAGUCAAAGAGAUCAAUAUCAAACUCCACCAGUUCCACCUAGAGGAGCACCACCCCCAAUUCCUGUAAGAUCGCCCAGUACAGAUAAUGUUACUCCACUAAGACGUAAUAAUGAUGUCGAGCAGUAUGUUCCACCAACAAGACCACAGUCUUUUCAGCAUAAAAGUUCACCGUUAAAUCACAAUGGUUCAGAGGGAUAUACUAAUGAUAAUACAACACGGCACCGACCAGGAAGUAUGGAUUUCACUUCACAACCACAAGAAAUAGCACCUCCCUUACCAUCGAGUGCACCACCGACCAACAUAGAUAAACAAAAUAUUCAAGAUCCUGUUUAUGGAAAUACAGUUAAUAUGAGACAGAGUGGACAACAAACGACAAAUUCGUUUAGUAAUAGACCGACAUCGUUACCACCUUAUGUAGCACCACCUCCAGCUGUUUCACCUACUACGCCAACAGUAUCAGUAGUUGACGGUAGACGAGCAUCAGAAAGUGGUUCAGAAAGUGAACAAAGUUCUGGGGGCUCUCGUAAAGAUCGAGAUUAUAAACGUAGUUCUGUAUUGAGUAACUUCUUCGGUAGAAGAAAAAAGCCAUCGCAAUCGUAGUACCAUAUAAGAAAACAAUAUUUUUUAUAAGAAAAAAAAAAAAGAAAUAAAAAAAAAUAGUUUACAUAUUUAUUUAAAAUAAUACAAAUAUAAAUAUUUUUAAUAAUUUAUUAUUACAAAAAAUAGAUUUGGAAAAAAAUAUACCAAUCAAUUAUUUCUAUGUUUACUAAGUAUCAAGACAAAGCGAGAUUCACUUUUUAUUUUAUUUAAUGAAUUUAUUUUAUUAUUUUUUUUUUUCUUUUUUUUUUUUUUGUAGUUUAUAAAUAAAAAAUCUUCAAUGAAUGCUAAGUAAUUUUCCAAAUAAUCAAUAAAUUUAUAUUAAA